UGGCAAAUUUUGGAUUAGUAGGAAACGAAAGAUUAUACAUUUUAAAUACUGGUGUUGACCCUAAUGAUGGUUUAUUUGAUUGCUCUUGGAGUGAAGUUAAUGAGAAUCAAAUUGUUACUGCUAGUGGUGAUGGUUCUAUAAUGUUAUGGGAUAUUACUCUCAUGGUUGUUUCCUUUACAUAG